AGUUUACUUCAGCCAGCCAUCCUUUGGUUGCCGGAAUCUGUCUUCAUGUGGGGCCGGUCGGUAAGACCACACUUCCCAGAAUUUCAUGCGAUCUAAGUGCGGUCAGCGCCCAGAAACAACCGCUCCCAGAGUUCCGUGCGCGCCCCUAGCGGGCGGUGGUUUUGUUGGCGACUCCGGCAAAGAGGAGAUGGCAGAGCCGUCGGGAUCUCGGCACCGCUCGUUGUACAAGCUGGUGGGCUUGCGGCCUUGGAAAGAGGCUUUCAGGCAGAGAUGCCUGGAGAGAAUGAAAAACAGUCGGGCCAGACUCCUGAACAGGUACCGCCAGACGGAAGGCAGUAUGCCAGGAAGAGCUCAGAACAGCUUUCUAGUGCAAGAGGUGAUGGAAGAAGAGUGGAAGGCUUUGCAGGCAGGGGAGAACUGUCCAGAGGCUUUGGCUCAGUUGGAGGAGGUGAUGGACCUGGCUGUACUGGAGGAAAUCCAGCAAGAGCUGAUUGAGCAAGAACAGUCCAUCAUCAGCGAGUAUGAGAAGAGCUUGCAGUUUGAUGAAAAGUGUCUCAGCAUCAUUCUGGCUGAGUGGGAGGCAAACCCCCUCAUCUGUCCCGUGUGUACAAAGUACAACCUGAGAAUCACAAGCAGUGUGGUUGUGUGUCAGUGCGGCCUGACCAUCCCAUCUCAGUGUCCGGAGUUGACAGAGCAGAAGCUUCGUGCCUAUUUAGAGGCAAGUAUAAAUGAGCACAGUGCACAUUGUUCCCACACACCUCAAUUUUCAGUCACUGAAGGAAUAGAAGAAAAGUCCAAUCUUCUUAUGAGCUGUCUGGUAAGCCUCUCAUGGGACCCAGUCCGUGGCUUGUGAUACUUGGGCUGUGAUCCUCUAAACAACUCAUUCACUUUGAGAAGGAGCCUUAUAUAUACAAACUUUGUAUUUGUAACUUUUUUGUAUUAAAACUUUUCAAACAUCUCUGC